CAGAAGCACAAUUUUUCUAUUACUAUUUUGCACAGAAGGAACACCUACAUUUUGUGAUUGCAGUAUUGAUAAAAAUGGCUUAGUCUUCCACCAGACGUGGGGGAAGCAGGUAAGUAUCUUUAUAGCAGGGAAACCUGGGUGUAGAGAUGGACAGGAUUCUGCCCUGAGGGGUGCUUCCAAGGUGAGCAUAGUUGCAAAGUGGCAGCCCUAGUUGCGAGGGACGGCGUUGAUGUUCUGUGUAGCACUUAUGCUGGAUCCAAUCAAAGGCCAUUGCACUCCACCCUUCAGUAUGUUCAGUGUACUGGGGUCACCAUGGUUACAGCCAGGGCUGUUCGCACACUAGGAAGUAGCAAUGCAUCAGCUGCUUCCCUAUGUUGAUUUGAUUUAGUUGACUAUGGAAACUGGUGCGAACCUCCAGCAGUGAAGUGUGACAUUUUCCCUUGCUGCAAGUGCCGUGCAUUAACUGGAGCUGAUCUCGGUCCAGUUAGACAGACUUGGUGUCAAAAUGUACAACAGUGAUGAUAUUUACAAGAGCUCUUCCACUGAGAGAGUCCAGCAACUGGAAAAAGAAUUGGCAGUCCAGUUGGCAGAGUUGAAGAGAGAAAUAAAAGAUAAUGGAGUUCUGCAAGGGACACCAAAUAGGGCAUACAGCUCUGUUCCAAUUCCAAAGGACGCAUCUUAUUUCAGGAAAGAAAGAGAGAUGAUACUGAAGAAAGGUUUACAGGUAGCCCAGGCGAAACCUCUUGUUGUUCAGGCUGAUGUCAUGCAGAGGGAGCUAGAGAGCUGUCUGAGACGAGAGUACACAGAAGAAAACCUGCCUCUGCUGCUGCAUCAGUUUUUUACAGACAGAAUUACCCAGCUGGUCCAAAGCAAAUAUUUACACUUGCUAAGAUGGCAGAGAUUCUGUAAGCACAGCAGUGUUAUUGAACAGCUCUAUCCUCUCUAUCAGAAGCAAGUUGGUCACAUUAUGGAGGAGUACAAUGAUGCAGUUCAGAGGGCUGCAAGGCUGUCAGUUGCCCGAGAAAACUUCCUAACAGGAAAGAAAAAUCCUGUAAAUGUGGUGACCCAGGAAGACCUAGUUAUUUACACACAGUGGCUAGUGUGUCACCUACACUCACUCAAGGCCAUUCACAGCUAUCUUAGGGUUCUCCAGUAUUUGCCCAUCUCUCACAGAAUGGAUGUAACUAUUGAGAAACACCCUGAUGUGGCCCAGGACAACCAGGACAAAUUUGGAAGUGUUGCUGGGUGUGAAUCUUUGUCUUCUGAUGUAUGUUUCUUACUGUGCCCUGGUUCUUCAUAUACAGAUGGGCCACACAAAAGGGACACUGCAUUCAUGUUGCCUUGUCACUGCAUAGGAACUGAUGAGCUGAAACCUCAGCUCCAACUUCUCCUUUCUCACUUUGGUAUCUGCUAUGAUACAGAUAAUCUCAAGAACUCGGCUGAUGAGAUGGAGCUUUUUUCCCUGGUUGUCCGGAAGUUUCGAAGCGUCUUCCACAAACAGCAGGUGAUGAGAACAUUUCCAGUUUAUGAUACUGGGCGGCCUGGAUCAGAAAACUGGGGUACAUUUGAUCCUAGCAUAGCUUUAAAAAAGCGAGCCAACUGGAUUCCUUUUUUACGGGUCAAGCCAAAACAAGAUCCCUGGCAGCAAAAGCUCUUGACAAAACUGAAACAGUGGAAAAAGGUGGAUCUGCUGAUGGAUCUCCAGUCAAAGUUUUUAGAGGUAUCCAGCAUGGAGCAAGUGAUGGAAGUUCUCCAGGAGCAUGCAACAUCAGUGCUAGAACCACAUCCAGUGCCACUAAAUUUUGUGACUUCGCGCUGCUCAGGGCAGAAUAAUUAUGAUCAAAUCUGGAAGAGAAUUUACAGCACCUCUGAACUCCAUCAGGAACAAAAUUUAGAGGAUGAUAGCCUGGCUGUGGGCAAGAGAGAGAAGAACAUGGAAAAUGUCAGUCUCAGCAAGGAUCCAGGAUCUUCCAGGAAGAAGAAGGAAACAGGGUAUAGUUACAUAACGACUUUGCAGCUGCUGGGAUUAGAGGAGGGCACAGAGGCCAACAAUAAGGACGUGGUCAUGAGGAAAGGAGCGUAUUUGUCUGUCCUUUACUUACGUCACCUGAGAAUCAGAGAGCUAAAGAGGGUCUGCUUGGGAGUCCUGAACUAUUUCAGAUCUGUUGAGCGUUCCCUAACCAUUAGCACCUCAGGUCUCUUGGUUAAUGCUGGUAACCUUGUCCCCAGUGCUGAAGAUACCUGCUGGGUAAAUGCUGUCAAAGGAGGCAUUGGUAUGUCUGGUGGUCUUGGCUCUCAUCACUAUGUCCAUUAUACACCAGCUGAUUUCAAGGUCCACAGUGCAAAGUUCAUGGAGUUUUUGGAGGUGGAAAACCAUGAUGACUUUUACACUGCAGAAGAUGGAUGCAUUCACACACAGGACCAACGAGGGGCUUACAUCAUGUAUGACUUAGCUUUAAAGGACCUGAAAGAGCUUGAAAACCAGCUGCUGCUUGUAGCAAGCCAGUACAUUGAGAAAGAGAAAAGCCAUGUAAUGUGCGGCAGUCAGCCCAGUGACAGCAACCUUCUAGGCUGGGCUCAUGCAUCUGUGGAUCGAUUUGCUGUGCUGCUUGACCUCUGGACUUGCGAGACCACUCUGUUAGAAGAUAAAUGCCAGCUUUUAGAUGCUUAUUUUGAAGCUUAUCAGCAUGCUCUUGAUGCAGAAGAAAGAUUUGCUUUGGCCCAAGCUAUAAUUGACAUAAUGUAUAAACGCCCACGGUUUGAUCUCCGACUUGGCUAUUUUGUCAGCACCUACAAAGAUGAAUGCAUCUGCCUCAGGCUUCACCUGCAGCUGGUGAGGGGUAUAGUCAACCAGCAUAUUGACUCCCAGCGGGAAUAUGUUUACAAAAUUUGGCGAGAAGGUCAGAAAGGUGGCAUCAGUGAAUUUGGACUCCCCCCUAACAUAAUUGCUAAGCAACUUAUCUCUCUUAACAGCCAUUUCCCUACUCUGAAAAACAUUUAUUUGCUGGAAUUUCACCCUUCUCUUGGCCUGGUGUCUCUAAUCCCUAAAGCUCUUGAACACCUCUCCCAGGAGUUCCACACCAUCUGUAGCCCACAAACAGCAAGCGAGGCAACUAGUCUAGAUAAAAAAGUACUUCAGCUAGCUCUGGAUGAAUGGCUGUCCUUGGAAAAUCUGGAAUUAUUAUACAGCCCACAAAUUCAGAAAGAUUUAUUUUCAGAUGUAUUGGUGGAUGACCCUGUCCUUGUGAGAGAAAUUGCUAUGUCUGUAGUUGAGUCAGGAGCAGAUGAAGAAAAGAAACAAGGCAAAGGAAAACAAACCUUUAUUCUGGACUCCUUCUCCAGGCUCCUGGAGCUAGUCACCCUCCGCCAUCGGUUAAUAGAAACUACAAUGGAGAGUGCACGAUUAGCUAAGUUCUACAAGGUAUUUGCAAGGGAAAUGGGGUUUGAUGAGUUCCAUUUGCACUUGAGGCCAGUGCAUUUUGAAUUUGCAUCUCACAAGGAGAAAGCAGACCAGCCCCUACCGGUGUUCAUUACAGCUCUCCUGGAAGAUGACAGUACUGUGGACAGAUAUAUUCCAUCUAGUUUAAUGUUAAGUAUCCAGGAGAUUGACAAUCAAAUUGGAAAGUUUAGCUUCCAAACAAGAGAGAGUGUUAUUCAGCUUUUAUCCCCAUCUGGAGUGCAAAACAUGCAGAUCGUCCUUGCUUGUCAAGUCGCUCAAAAAAAUGCUCUGAUAGCUGCUGUUCAGCAAGCCUCAUUUUGUCAUGUAGCCCAAUCUACAUAUACCCCAGACCUGAAGGAAAGAAAUGUAAGUUUGAGGAGUCGGAGCAGUUCAGCAAGUGGGAGAAAUUCUAGAUCUGGGUAUGGGACAGAAAAUCAGUUGGCAGUAGCACCAGCUAUUCCAUAUGCUACAGGGCGCCAUUUGGAUAUGCACCAAACCAUUAAAAGACCUCCAGAAGCCUUUAUUUCUAUUCAGCUGGAGAAACUGGGGCCACGGGACCUGAUGCUAAACACAUUCAUUGAGAAAAAAGAAAUCAUGGGCAGCAGGAUGCAAAACCCUGACGAAGUUUUAAAAAUCAAGAGGGAAGUUAUUGGUGAAUACUGUCGUAUCCUGAGCCAUCGAAUGUCACACCAUGCACUGAGAGGCCAGAUCAUUGCAUGCUACAAUAGCCUGAGGAAUCUACUAGAAGCUUUCCCUGUCAUCAGAGACAAAUACUUCAUGAUUGGGCUACCUCAAGAGAAAAAGGGGGAAAAACACUGGAAGGAAAACCUUCUGGCCAGUCCCAGAUCCUUUCAGUCACGGCCACGUUAUUUGCUGUCUCCUGAUGGACAAGCUUUCCUCAAUUUGUGGUUCAUCCCUCACUCUUCUGAAGUGCUGAUUAUGUUUAAAAUGCUGCCAGAGAAGGCUGCUUACAGAGCUCUUAGGUUGAGUCUGCAGAUUGUGGCUGCCCUUCUGGACAUCGUCUCAUACCUUCUGAGCUUUGCUCAGUUAGGAAACUCCCCAAGCUGUUUUGAUACCCUAAAUCCUGAGUCUCUGACUGCAGAUUGGGGAGGGACCGAAAGGAUUGGAACUGAACUUCAGGAGAUACAGAGAAUGAUUGAUAACCUUCAGAACCCCCUGGAUCCCCACAAGGUUGCCCAGCUGGUAAUCCUUCAUAGAGAAGUUAUGUUUCUACAGUUUGAUGCAAUAGUCAGGCAUCUAUUACGAGAAGCAUUUUUGUCAUCUGGGAAUAUUUCGGCCUACCAGAACAUUACAGACAGCAUGUACCACGGGCUGCCUCCUUUGAGUAACUCUGUGGUGAGGAGUGCAUUUGCUUCGCAGUUUGGGCUCCCACAGCCACUGGACCCACAUAGUCCCAGCGCAUUGAUGCUGUUUCCUUGGAGGGCAUUACUAGCGGAUGGAGGACCAUUUCCAGUCACUAUCAGCAACCUAAUUCCCAUAAAUUAUUACAUGCAGCUGUGCCUGUGCAGACUAAGCGAUGAUGAUCGAAAAAUUGCUCAUGGGGAGCUGGUUGGGAUUCAUUUUCUAAUGGAGGAUAUACUGGAGACCAGCUGUGAUGUUAUUAUGGAAGAUGAUGCUGAACAACAAACUUUAGCCAAGAAAAAACAGCAGAAUUUGGCAGAAACAGUUGAAUCAAAUGCCAGCCUAUCAAAGAGUAGUGGAAAGACGUCCAGAGCUCUGUGGAGGCAACAUGAUCCGCUUACUUCCUGCACUUUGAUGAAAUCUUUUUUGAUAAUAUGGAAGCAGUUGUCAGUACUGAAGGCAGAAUGGGGCAGACUUAAACUGAAAGUUGAGGAUAUCAAUACGGUUCCUCUUUACAGACGGUUUUCUGAACUAUACUGCACUGACAUCUUACUUCCUGCUAUGAAAACCAUAGCCAGGCGAAUGGACAUAGAAGAUGAGUUUGAAGAACUUGUUAUAAGCUCACAAUCCAUACUCCCCCCAAAAGGAGCAUCAGAAAUUGAAAUCAAAAUGUGCCAGCUUCAAAAGCUGCUGGAGAGUUUAGAAAUCCAUAUGAUCCAUGAUGUCCAAAGGAAAAUUAACCAAGAGAUGACUCUAGUUACAUCUGAAAGAGCCAGAGAAGAAAGUGGCCUCCCUACAGAGCUCUGGAAGCAUCGGGUCAUGCAGGAAAACUUCUCAGUUAUAAGACCACAAAUAGUUGAAACAUUUGUUCAGAGGCUAAUGGAAAAUUCCCAAGAAUCUGAUGCAGAGGAACUGUAUGCAGUAGAAGAAGAUGGAAAGCAAACUGAAGUCACCCUUAGUCAGAUUGCAGAGCUGAGUCAUGAGAUGAUUAUGGAAGUAACUGCCCUAAGAGCUAGAGUUGCUGAUAUAGAAAGUGAAAAGCUCAGUCUCAAAGAGAAGAUAAGAAAAGAAGUGCAAGAUGAAUAUGAAACGCUAGUGCGGAAUCUGUUUGUGACUUGUGUGCAGCUAAAAGGGAAGCUGGAUGACUAUCGCCUUAAUAUGUGUCGACAAGUGUUUGAGAUCGUCAGUGAAGUGAGAAAAGAAGGGGUUAACAGCAUGAUUGAACUGAAGAAAAAAUUUGGUUCAACCACGGAUGAUAAAGGAUUGAAAGAACAUUUGUCCACACAGGAGCAGCUGCAAGUCUUGCAAGAUGAAAACAGCAGGCUAGGGGAGCUGGUGUGUAAACUGAAAAUCUUGAACUGCUGGAAGCACACUGCACAGAAGGCACAACUCUCUUUAAAGCUGAGAACUGCAGAGAAGGAGGCCCGUCAAAACAAAAAAGAGUGUCUGACUGCCAAGAUGAUGGCAGAACAAGAAGUCACUUUAUUCCAUGAGCAGCUGGUGGCUGUGAGGAAGGCUCUGGCAAGAUCUGAAGCAGAGAAUGAAAAGCUGCAGAAACAGCUAGAUCAGCAGAAACAGCUGCUGCAAGAAGCAAAACAUAGGACGACUCAUGAAACCAGAAGUAGGCAACAGCUGGAUUUGAUAAAGGCAGAAAACAUGCAAAAGGUGCUGGAAGACAUGCAGGAGAAAGAGCAGAGACUCCAGUGCUUGACUGAAGAAGCUGAGAAAUCAGCUAAAAUAGAGCAACUUCAACAAAAAAGGAUCAGAAAAGAAAUGAGGCAGAUAAGGAGCCAGUUGAUCCAAGAGCGCAGUCUAAAACUGGAUGCUUUCCAGCGUGUGGACGAAUUGCAGGGUCAGGUUUAUGAUUUGGAAGCUGGAGCUUACCAGAAAAGCUCACCUGGAGGUAUGAGAAGGAAAGCCACAAAUCUCUCUCUCAGUGCUGGCAGCACAAAAAGGUCUUUUUCAGGUUCUGCAGCCUGGACUCAGCGUAUGGUGUUUUCUGCAUCUACUCGUCCCAGGGAUUACCAGCAGCAUCUUUUGAUUCCUGAUCCUAAAGGUAGCAAUGUAACAGCAGGAACCACUCCAAGGCCAAAGACUGUGCCCAGCAGAUGGAGGGAGAGAGGGGUGGAUACUCUCUUUCCAGAUCUGCCUGAAAACUCUCACCGUGCCAUCCUCCUACAGUUGCAUGAACAACAGCUGGCUCCAAAGUGAAGCAAAAUGGAUUUUUAGUUAGAUGAGAGGGCUCUGGGUUUACAGAGCCAAAGGGAUGUACAAAUACCUAGCAAUGUGUGCUCUGACAGACAGCCCUUUGCUAGCAUGAGCUGGCAGUUGAUGGAGUCAUUUUGUGUUAUAAACAACGUAUGUAUCUGGCAAUAAAAUGGAGAUCUAUUGGAACA